AUGGCUGGGCAUUUCGAAUCCGAGCUAUGCCAAGUGUUGUUAGAAGAGCACUUUGGCAAGACUGUCAGUGCUGUUGGUGCAGCGCUUUUACGAGAAGCUGGUCCGCUACCAGCCAUUAUGCUCCGCCUCAGGGGGCAAGUCAAGUUGAAUACGGUUCGCAAGUCAUUAGCCAUUCUUAUACAACACUCUAUUGUGAGCUUCAAACUCGACUCGGCUAUGCGCACAUUUUAUUCUAUAGAUCGCAGUUCGAUACUUGCGUUUUGCAAGGCCCCAAGAUGUUGCCUGAUAGUGAAGACGCUCUAUGGUGGUUUGGCCGAGGCAAUCUGCGAAGAAUUAUUUAGCUAUGGGCGUCUCACUUGCUCAGAUUGCAUUCGCAAAGUUUCUCAACGACUCGAGCAGCCAUUGAAUGACAAGUUCGUUCGCUUAACGGAAUCACAGUUCAUCAUCAAAUGCCCGCCCGUUGCUUCUUCGUUGAAAGGGUGUCCUCAGUUUGAGACCUCUUACGAUCCUUACAUCAUGCCUGAAGUAAUUUUACAAGGAUCACCAGAUGACGCGGGAGAAUCAAGGAAACGAAAACAGCCUCAACCCGAAGGUGAUGAAGGCAUAUAUUGGCGUAUGAACUGGAUGCGAUUUGAUCGCUAUAUCCGUGAUGAAAUGACUCUGGACCUCCUCGUGCCCAAGGUUGGAUGGUGGUCUGAUUUGGAGUUUGCAAUCAAACCAGCAAAGGCGUCACAGACAUUAACUCGAACAGUGCGUUCAUUGCUGAAAGCUAAUGAAAUCCGGACAUUGCCAUUGACGACGAUCAAUACACUUUUUGAUAUCAUGCGAUGCGUGAAGGAGAACGAACUAGAACUCGAGCGUCCUGAUGUUGAAAAGGCUCUGCGAGUCUUGGUGGACGAAUCCCGAGGAGUUGUACGAAAAUCCGGAGAUAGUGGCGGUGGAUUAUUCGUGAUAGAUUUUGAACGAGCUGUAGAACAAAUUUGCCAGUUCCAUAUAGAGUCUUUGAUUCGCGAGCAAUUAGAGUCACGAGCUGUGAGAAUUUUUCGUCUCUUGCAGCAAAGAGGGCAUCUUGAAGAAGAUCAAAUCGAAAAGUUGACGAUGAUGAGCGGGAAAGAGACGCGAGAGCUUCUUUACGCUAUGCUAGAAGAGGGAUAUGUCAGCACAAAGCCUAUCGGUCGCACGAAUGAUUUCGCACCAGCUCGAACGUUUGUGCUUUAUUAUGUGGAUAUGCCUCAGACUGUACGAGGUUUGGUAGAGUACACCUGUAAGGUG